AUGAAUAAUGAAAGGCAAUUAGAGCUUUUUAAUUUGAAUAGUAAAGCCUGGGCAGGUGAAAGCCCCCUUUUUGAGGGUGGCAAGAAACUGGAUUCGAGUCUCAAGAAGAACACAGCUUUUAUUAGAAAGCUGAAACUUGGAAUAUCUAAAGAUUCCAAACAAAACUUCCUUAAGGACAUCAGAGAACUUUCUCUUGAAAAGUAUCUUUCUGAACUUGUUAGCACGUCUAGCGAGGGACUGAGCAAGGUUUCUGGAAAGGCAGAGGAUGUGGACGCUGCAGUUGAAGUUAUGAGCGCUCUUCACCAGCGCUUCAGCUGCAAAUUCACACCCGUUUUGAUGGAGUCGUUCCUCAACAACUUUUCGUUAACUCAGUCAAGUCACGAAUCCGAAAAGGAAGAACUUGCUAGGAUCUUAAGACUUAGAUCUCAUGUCAGGAUUUUUACUGAGCUUUAUCUUGUGGGCUUGUUUCGGAAUACUGAUUAUUUGAACAAAGAGAACGUACCGGCUUUCAUUGCCAAAAAGCUUUCAAAAAAAGAGCCUAUUAUCUUCACUAUUUUGAAAGAAGUUUUAAACUAUCGAUUCAGGACUGGGUUGACUACUACCAUUGCUACUAGUUUCAUCACAAAGUUUCCCAUCCUUUUCGAAGGAAAUGCAUUCAAUGAGGAGCUCGAACUUGAAUCGGGGACCAGAAAGCUUUUGCAGUCUCUCAUUAAGGUCUAUACAGAAGCUUGUAUCGGACAAGCAGUAGAACUCAACAAAACGCUCAAUAAGCUGAAAAGGGAGCAUUCAAAGGCGCAAAUUCGCACUGGCAAAAAUACAGAUGAGUACAUCGAAGAGUAUAAUGAUUUAUUGCCCGUUUUUGAAAGGUUUGAGGGUGCUGUUAACGUUUUAACAGAUGCAUUGCAAAUAGAAGCACCAAAGCUUGAUAAAGGUAUUGAUUCUGAGGCUAAUACCACGGGACCUGCAUCCAUUAUCACCAAUCAGCUCAAACCAAAUUCAGAAAAGGUUUGGGAGAACGAAGAGGUUAGAAAGUUCUAUGAGGUUUUGCCAGAUCUUUCCAGCGUUCAUCAUGACAUAGAAGAUCGAGACGCUCCAGAUUCAACCAAGCUCAGCGACUUUUUCGCGGGGCUUGAAUUUGCAGACACCAGGGAAGCUAUUGACGAGCUCUCGGUUAAGUAUUGGUCCGACUCACUUAACAAAAAGGCCACAAGAAGAAGACUUCUUAAAUUCUUCAUAGAGACCCAAGAUUGGAGUAAAUUGAGAAUCUACGCUCGUUUCAUCGCAUCCAACGCAGAAUACCUAUCUGACACUAAAGAUGAGCUGAUAGAAUAUCUUGAUAAUGGGUUCAGAAGCCAAUUGCGUUCCAAUAGGAUAAACGUCAAAAAUAUCAUUUUCUUCAGUGAGCUGGUAAAAUUUAUGCUCAUUCCUUCAUAUCUCGUCUUUCACAAAAUCAGGACCUUAGCAAUGAACAUCCAAGUCCCCAAUAACAUUGAAAUUUUGACCAUUCUAUUUGAAAAUUUUGGUAAAUUCUUGAUCAACCACCCAACGUACAAGGAUCAAAUGGAGAAGAUGGUUGAUCUUAUCCAACAAAAGCGCAAGGAUCAUGAUCUUACUGUUAGCAACAAAUGCGCCCUUGACAACCUCAUCGUUUUGAUAUAUCCUCCUUCUUUGAGUAAACUUAACUCCGCUGUGAAGGAGCUGAAUCCAGAGCAACAGUUCUAUCAAAUAAUAAUUCGAAGAGAGCUGCAUACAAUUUCCGCAGAGAAAACCGUUAAGCUGCUGAGGAAGGCACACUGGAAGGACGAAAAAAUCUACAAAACUAUGUUUUCAUUGUUUACAAAGCCAGAGAAGGUAAGCUACCAGUCCCUAGAUGUUCUGUCCAGUGUUUUGUGUGGUCUAUAUCCCUACUACCGCAACUUUGUAAUAGAGGUUAUUGAUACACUCUUGGAAAAAAUUGAGCGCGGCCUAGAGAUAAGCGAGUUCAACUUGAAUAUGGUAAGAAUGGCCCAAAUAAAAUAUCUGACUUCGCUGUUCAACAAAAAGCUAGUUCGCCUUGAAGUUCUCAUUGAAAUCUUUUGCAAAAUAAUGAAGUUCGGCUAUCCAGGCGGGCGGCCGAAUCCAUAUUUUUUAAAUGAGUUUGACCUUCCAGACAAUUAUUUCCGCGUACAGCUCAUUACAACAUCUUUACUUUCUAUUGAAGAGCUGCCUGCAAGCAAGUCGGACAAAAUGUUGUUAUUCAUGAGGCUUUUUGAGUUUUACACCUUUGUCAAAGAGCAACCAUUGCCCAGGGAAACGCAAUUUAAAGUUUCAAGUGCCUUUCAAAAAUUAACUAGCACUGAUAAUUUCAAGAGGUCUUGUGACGUUGCAGAAAGUGCCAAAGAGUUAGCGAAUGCUCUGAACAUCCCACAAGCCACUUCCUUGGGUUCCUCACCACACCAACAAACAAAAAAGGAGGGAGCUUACGAGGAGGGCGAGGAAGAUGACGAUGACGACGACGAAGACGAUGACGCCGAGAUCGAGGAGGAGGUUGACAAUGAAGAGGACGAUGACGAAGAAGAUGAAGACGAUGAUACGGAAGAGGGGAGAGAGCCUGUGAAAAUAAUUCAAGAAGAUGAGGAAGGAAACCUGGCAGCAUUAGAUUCAUCUGAUGAAAGUGCCAGCAGCGACGAUUCCGAUGACUCAGGUACUUCUAGCAAUAGCGAUUCUGAUGAAGAGGAUGGGGAUGACGAUGAAGAUGAUGAAGACGACGAAGACGAUGAAGAUGAUGAUUCAAUAGAUUUAGAUGGAGAACUUGAGAGAAAAAGAAUACAUGAAGAACAUCUGAAUAGGCUCAGAACUGAGGAAGAGCUGCGCGCAGAAGAGGAGCUUGAAAAACAGUUUCAACAACUCAUGCAAGAAUCAAUGGAAAGUCGAAAAAACGAGAAAGUCUCCGGAAAUAGCAUCCCCAUUAUUUCUGCGGGUUACAGCACUUCAUUGGGUAAGGAAUCAGGAGGCGAGGCGUUAAGGGCGUUGAAUAAAAGCCACGAUGGAAAAUCAAAAAAGGUCGCCUUCACAUUUUUAACAAAAUCUGGAAAAAAGACCCAGGCUAAAACACUUGGCUUACCCCGGAACGUCAAAUUUGUAUCUGGGGUCUUAGAAGAAGAACAAAAGCUCAAGGCUGAGCGUGAAAAAAUAAAGAACAUUGUACUAAAUCAGAAAUUUGACUAA